CCAAAUGACAUACGAACUUUCUGAAAUUCCAUGCAUAUUGGUAAAAAAAAUCUUAGAAAUACUUUUUAGAAAGUUCUAUCUUUUAAAUUUCCGAAAUAAUGAAUCAUCGAAAAAAACUAUAUAUAUGUUGUAAAAAUUUCUAAUUAUUCAUCAGUACUUAUGAUAAAAUGGAGCUUACAAAUGACGAUUCUUUUGAUCCGACACCAAAGUUAAAAUCUAGUCCUGUGCCGAUUUCAUUUAUUUCAUUCAAUAAACAUGAUGAAAAUUGUAUUCGUUGCGGUGAUAUAUAUACUGAGACAACAAUCAAUUAUCAAAAAUACUGCAAAAAAUGUUUAUCGGGUUACCUUACUAAUAUAACUGAUGAAAAUAUAUAUUUAGAUGUGUAUAUAUUUACAAGGAACUUAGAAUGUAAUGAACAUGAAAUAAGUAGAACAAAAGAACCACAAAAUAUUCAAGAAUGCUGUAGAAAUUGCUUAGAAAUAUUAUUCUUUAAACAAGUACCCAAUAAUUAUUAUUUAUAUGGAAGUAAUAAAUUUAAUUUAAACGAUAAUGUGAUUGAAAGUGAAAAAAAUUGUAAAUAUGGAGGUAAUAAAUUUAAUUUAAAUGUGAUUGAGAGUGAAAAAAAUUGUAACCUAUGUAGAAAAGAAUUCCAUGAAACACAUAUGUAUUUUACAUUAUGUUCAGAUUGUUAUCUAAUUUCUUCCAGAUAUACAGAAUCAACUUUGACCAAAAAACCUAUACCAAUUAUUUACUUACCAUAUUGGUAUAGUUUAUCUAAUUGUGAAGCUUGUAAUUUAAAAUUAAAAUUUACAUCAGAUUGUCAAAAAUAUUGUGAAAAUUGUUUUAUAUUUUAUACCGGAUGUAGAUAUUGUUUAACAACAAAUGUUAUUUUUGGCGUUACAAAUCAAUCACAAUGUAAAAAGUGUAAAAGAGUAUCAUCAAUAAUUUUUGAUAGAAGCGGAAAUAGCGAUUUAGAUGAUUUUCUUGGUAAUUUAAGAAUUGAGAUUCACAAUCGAUUGGAAAUAACUAGAUUUACUGACGAGAUAAAAAAUAUUUACAAAUAUUACAAAUAUUAUAUGCCAAAAUCAUUAAUUGGUUCUAUUUAUGUUAAGCAAGCAGAAAUUUUGAUGGAAUGGAUACCAUAUUCUCAAUUUACAAAUGUAAAAGAAAUAGCAAAGGGAGGAUUUGGUAUUAUAUAUCAAGCGACUUGGUUAGAUGGUUCAAUAAAUAAUAAAGAAGUUCGUUAUAGUGUAGAAAUAAGAAAGAGAAGGAAAAAUGAAACUGUCAUAUUAAAAAAGUUUAAUAAUUCUCAAGGAAUUAGUAAAUAUUUUUUAAAUGAGUUAAAAUCGAAUCAACAUUGUUAUGCACUUGAUCGUCAUAUUAUUAGAACUUAUGGUUUUACAAAAGAUCCUAAAUCUGAUGAUUAUAUAUUAGUUAUGCAAUAUGCAUCGGGAGGAGAUUUACAUAACUUUUUACGAAAGCAAUUUACAGAAAUUACAUGGAAUCAUUGGAAUGAACAUAAAAUAAGUAUUUUGUGGCAAAUUGCAAGAGGGCUCGAAACAAUACAUAAAGCAAAUUUUAUACAUCGUGAUUUUCAUAGUGGGAACAUAUUAAUUGAUUUAUCAUACGAUAAAGCACAUCAAUGGCAAAUUGGAGACUUAGGAUUAUCUCAGCAUGAAGGUAGCGCAUCAUCAAAUAAUGAAAUAUACGGAGUGAUACCAUAUAUCGCACCAGAAAUAUUUAAAGGAUCUACAUUUUCCAAAGAAUCUGAUGUUUAUUGUGUGGGUAUGAUUAUGUGGGAACUUACGACAGGUUGUAAACCUUUUGCUAAUGUUGAACAUGAUAUUAGUCUGAUUUACAAAAUUCUUGAUGGAGAACGGCCUGAAAUUACAAAAGAUACACCUGAAUGUUACGCCAAUUUAAUGAAAAGUUGUUGGGAUCCUGAUCCGAAAAAAAGGCCUUCUAUAACAGGAAUUCGUAAGAUUUUUUAUAAAUGGUAUUAUAGAAAUGAGAAUUUAAAACAAUUCAAUCGAGCUGAAAUAAAAAGAAAAGAGUUAAUAAAUUUGAAGGAACUUGGUCCUGAAUUUAAUGGAAAAACUCAUCCAAUUGCAAUAUAUACAAGUAGACCAUUAAGAUCUUUUAUUUCUAGAUGUUCAUCUUAUUUUUCAAAAGAUUACAAUUCAAUAGAACUAGAGCUUGACAUAGAUAUUAAAAGCUCAAACAUACUCGAAAAAAAGCGAAAUAUUGAAGAAUUAGAAAUCAAUUCUUAUGGAAAUAGUGGAAAGCACAUUAAAAUUGAAACCACUUAAUGAAAGUUUUCUCACAGGCCGUUAAGUGUAAACAAAUCCGAAAUAUUCUUCAUAUAUAAUUUGAUUUUUUUUUUUGCAUUUUUCAUGUACGCUAUGCGAUACUUUUAUUAUUUAAGAGAUAUCAUUAAACGUGUAAUGUAUAACAAUAAUUGGAUAUUAAUAUUACUUAUAAAC